AUGAAGCUCGACUUGAGCAAGAGACGAUGAGUAGUGGAGACGAUGAGAGGGGGAUGUUAGGAAAUGAAGGAAGUGAUGUGAGUCGAGAGGGAGUGGGAACUAACCCUCAGCCUGCUGUGAUACUGGUUCUAGAUCCUUCCAUCCAAGACGAGAAGCUAGAUGAGCUGAAGAAGCACCUCUUAACCCUCCACAUCUCCUCCUUCACAGAGAAAUCCUCCGAUCACAUCUUCCUCUGCCUUUACUUAAAACGUGACCAAACAUGUGACCAAACUUUAGAACUGGCUCACAUUCACUCUUACCACGUGCCGUUCAUGUGCCCACCUAGUAAGAAAGAUUCAGAGAGUUGGAGGUCUAAGUUUGCGUCACUCUACUCUUACGGAACUCUGUCGUAUAAAAACUUCACUAAGGUAUACUACACUGUAAUGUACCAUAAGAGGCUGAAAGAUAAGUUCGAUGAGAAGUACACUAAAAAACUGUAUAAGUUGUUGGAUACGGUGAGGGUACAGGCAGAGCUUAUAUAUGCCUCACUCAAAGCUGAGAAGGUACCAGAAGGUACUAGAAAGGUACUAGAAAGGGAGGAUUACAAAAUUAUUGGUGAUUUUGUGCCGCACUCUCCUGAGGCAAAGAAACUUGAAGAGAAACUUUCCUGGUUCCCACCUUUUUUCCCGCUUAAAGAAUUUCGGAACUAUUUUGGUGAGGAACUUGCGUUUGUCUACGCUUGGAGUAACUAUUGGUGGACUUUUGGACUCCUCCCAAUCGCCAUUCUCUCUUUGAUAUCCCUUUUGUACGGACUAGCAACAGAACUAAACCUGGAGAAUGUUCUCGGAGAGAAGUCGCACUUCUGGAGAGUAUUCAGCAGUGUCGUGUUGAACCCCUCCAUAGAGUACUAUGUCGGGUUUCUAGUUGUUUGGAUUAGCGUGUUCCAAUACCAGUGGAGUAAAGCUGCCCCUAUCUUCUCCUUGCAAUGGGGUGUUGCUAAUUAUCAUAAAGAGGAGGAUAUUUGUAAAUCUACUAAAAAUAAGGGCUUCAGAAAGUACAUCAGGAUUCCAAAUCUGAUUAUAUCACUGGGAGGAUUCUUUACUGCUGCUAUAUUGACUUGUGCUUUGUGGCUUGUCACCGAGAUUGUGAUCAGGUAUCAGCUGAAUAAGUUGGAUUUCGGGGUUUGGGACAAUCCAAAAAGGUUGAUCAACAAAACAUCCAUCAUAUCUUUUAUAUGUUCGAUAUUUUACACAAUUCUCAACCACGGUGCUGGAUCCUAUCUCAUUCCUUGGUUAUCUGACUUUCUCACUAGGUUGGAGAACCACAAAUUCCAGUCAUACUUCAACAACAGCGUGAUCUUCAAGCACACUGGGUAUUAUCUCAUGUCCUCGUAUUGGUAUCUGGCUUAUAUCGUGUUAAAGUUGAACUUUGUUAUCAGUGAAAGGUUCAACAUUGACCUGGAUGCUCUUGAGGAAUGUCCUAACGGUAUUUGCGUGAUAACUCUAGUCACGGAGAUCACAUUCCAAAUGUUGGAACUCCGACUGGCUUACGUUGUUAUCACCCUCCUCAAAAGUAUCAUCCUGUGGAUCAGACGUAAGAAGUCUCCCAACAUUGUGGGGUCAUGUGACCUGCGGUACAUCCUAGAUAACUACAAAUCUCUAACAUUCCUUAGUUCAGCUGAGACCUCCACCUGGAUGGGAGACAGGGUGCUAAUGUACGGUUACAUCACCCUCUUCAGUUACCACCUCCCCAUAGUGGCCCUAAUGGCUCUUAUCCUGGAGACGUUCAUUACAUACUACGAAAUGAAGAUGCUACUCAGAUCACAGCGACCCCAACCUCGCAGAGUAGGAAAUAUAAAGCAGUGGGAGGGGAUCAUCUACCUGAUUAACAUUAUGUGUAUUGUUAUCAACUCCUACUCUAUAAACCAACGUGUUAACGAGGUUCCCUCAGAGGAUACCUUCCUCCAUAUCGGCGCUGGAUCUAACGCUUCCUUUUACUUCAUGCCUCUCUUCAUCUUCUUGACUAGUUUGAUCCACAUUCAGGACUCUGUAUCCGGUGAUAGAGUUCAGUACCAUGUCCACCAGCAGUACCAAGAGGCUAUGAAACUGCUUUCUAGCAAUACUAUAGAGGUGGACGGAACUAGGGAGAGUUCAAUGCCAGUAACUAAUGAAACUACCGCGGUAACUAUGGAAACUACCGCGGUCUAGGAAUGUAGGAAUGUAGGAAUUAAAUGUAUUUUUUUAGUAUAUUAAAGAUUUUUAUAUUUAAAUGAGUUUUGUGCGUGACAAAAAAGUGACCAAGAUUGCAAUAAUAUGAUAGUUUGGUCCAAUAUUCAACAUUCAAUAUGGUACAUUUUUGUAAUAGUUUAUAUGGGUAUCAGGUAACUAAAGCCUGGUACACAAGUGGCAGACAGGUAAUGGGUAAUGAGUGAUGGGUAAUGGGUAAUGGGUAAUGCGUAAUGGUGAGCCACAUUUUUACAGCAAGACAUAUCCAUUACCUUAUACAAAUCUUGGUGACUUGUUGGUCACAACUCACAGCUAGCUUGAAUCUUUUAUCUUAAUUUUAUACAGGAUAAACCUUUUUUCGUGUAGUAUGCUUAUUGUUUGUAUUGUGCUCUUUAAAUGUUAGUAUUCUGUUAUUUUAAUACGUUAUGUUUUUAGUUAAUGCUAUUAGUUUUAAUUUUUAAGGUCAUGCUUUACAUUUUCAGGAUUUUAUAGAGAGUUUUAAAUCGAAAAUGUUGUGAAAUUUUCUCACAAAUUUGGUCCGUAGAGAAAAGUUAGUUUUUGAUAUUUCUAAUUAUAUGUGAUAUAGCUUUGUCUCUCAAAUAUUAGUUAAGUUUAAUACAGUUAAUAGUUCAUAGAAAUAUUAAUCCAUUCAUAACAAAAUGUGGUCCAGAAUAAACGCAACACAGAUUCCUCUUCCUACAUAGCAUAGAUGAUUAUAUUGCGAUUAUUCCGGACCACCCCGUUUCUACAACAUUAUUUUAUAAUUAUUUUAUGAUAUUUUCCGGGAAUAAUUUCCCCGAAAAGUCGUCAACCGAUAAUGUCCUGCAAGUUUCGGGAAGUUUCAAAACAAAUAACAGUUUCACAUUACGUAUUGCUUCAUCAUGAAAAACCGGGAAAAAUCAUAGCUAAUAAUACCUUGGCUUAGUUUCGUGCUCGCACUCCGCCAAGGCGUCGGGCAUUAUCGCCCGUAGCACUCAACAGCCAAUGUAUUAUUGUAUUAUAAUUGCCUCAAAGAAGGCACGAUUUCAGUCAAUUACCUGAUUAAAUAUAAUGAUUACAUUUUAACUACUAAGGUUUAAUUUUUCAUGCAUGGGUAACGGGUAUGUGAUGUUGAAGUUUUUAAUUAUUUACUUGCAUUUUAGCUCUUUUAUAGGAACUAUAUUUAAUGAUGCACCGAAAGGCUCUAGUUUCAAACAUCUUGUAUGUAUUUUUAUUAUAAAAUUUAACAGUCAAAUAUUCUCAGAAUUUAUGAUUCUUAGAAUUCAGCUAUGUGUUCACACAUUUCUCUCCAAUGGAGGGUGUCUGACGUAAUUUAUACAAUUUAUAGAAAUAUGCAAUAUAGCAAUAUACACUAGCGGAGGAAAUAAAUAUCACCC